CCACGCCGUCCGUCCAGGGAGAUUAGGCCGGCCACUGCAGCGGGCACGACGUCGUCGUCCGCCCGGCGUCGUAUCGUGGCGCCGCAGCGAUGGGCAACUGCUGCGUGGCCCGGCCGUCCUGCAAGCGGCGGGGCGGCGGCGGCGCCCGCCGCGGCGGCCGCCUCGGUGGUGCUAAUGUGCGGUCCUACUCCACGGUGUCCUCGAUCUCCGACGCCGCGCGCGCCGCGGCCCAGACUUGGCCGCCGGUCACCGUGCUGGGUAAGGGCCUGGCCGCGUCCGCUAGCGCUGAGGAGCUGCUCCGGCGGUACCAGCUCGGCGAGGAGCUCGGGCGCGGCGAGUUCGGCCUGACGCGGCGGUGCACCGACACGGCCACGGGCGAGGAGUUCGCGUGCAAGUCCAUCAGCAAGCGCAGGCUGCGCAGUAGCGUCGACAUCGAGGACGUGCGGCGGGAGGUGGCCAUCAUGCGCUCGCUGCCGGCGCAUGCUAACGUCGUUCGGCUGCGCGAGGCCUUCGAGGACGGCGACGCCGUGCACUUAGUCAUGGAGGUCUGCGAGGGAGGCGAGCUCUUCGACCGCAUCGUCUCGCGCGGACACUACACUGAGCGCGCCGCCGCCGCCGUCGUGCGCACCAUCAUGGAGGUCGUGCAGCAUUGCCACAAGAACGGCGUCAUGCAUCGGGACCUCAAGCCUGAGAACUUCCUGUAUGCCAACACAUCUGAGACGUCCCAUCUCAAAGUCAUCGAUUUUGGUCUCUCUGUGUGCUUCAAACCAGGUGAAAGAUUCAAUGAGAUCGUUGGAUCCCCCUACUACAUGGCUCCUGAAGUUCUGCAGAGGAACUAUGGACAAGAAAUAGACAUAUGGAGUGCAGGAGUCAUACUGUACAUCUUGCUGUGUGGCGUCCCUCCUUUCUGGGCUGAGACUGAUGAAGGUAUUGCACGGGCUAUCAUCCGCUCGAACAUUGACUUCGGGAGAGAGCCUUGGCCAAAGGUAUCAGAGAAUGCAAGAGAUCUUGUCAGGAAGAUGCUUGAUCCUAACCCCUAUUCUCGGUUGACAGCUCAACAGGUUCUAGAACAUCCUUGGAUACAGAAUGCUAGUGCAGCUCCUAACAUCCCUCUUGGAGAAGCAGUGAGGUCCAGGCUGAAGCAAUUCACUGCUAUGAACAAGUUCAAGAAGAAGGCCUUACUUGUGGUGGCUGAGUACCUACCAACCGAAGAGCUUGAGGCAAUCAGGGAGCUGUUCCACAUGUUGGACACCAACAAGGAUGGGCACCUGACAGUUGAAGAGCUCAGGAAGGGACUGCGAAUGAUAGGGCACAAUGUCCAUGACACCGAUGUGGAUAUGCUCAUGGAAGCUGCAGACAUAGACGGCAAUGGGACCCUGGACUGCAAGGAGUUUGUGACAGUUUCCAUUCACCUGAAGAAAAUCCGUAGCGAGGAUCACCUGCCCAAGGUGUUCAACUACUUCGAUAAGAACGGGAGCGGGUACAUCGAGAUGGAAGAGUUGAAGGAGGCGCUCUCUCCAAGAGGCGACCAGAAGGCAAUCGACGACAUCAUCCUGGAUGUUGACAAAGACAAGGAUGGCAAGAUAAGCUAUGAGGAGUUUGAGCUGAUGAUGAAAGCUGGAAUGGACUGGAGGAAUACAUCUCGGCAGUACUCAAGAGUGGUAUACAACACCCUAAGCCGCAAGAUGUUUAAGGACAUCUCCCUGAAGCUUGAUCCAAACAGUGGUCCACUUGGUGCUGUGGCGAAAGAACAACUAGCGAUUAACUGAGCGAUGUGCUUGGUACAGUCCAUACUCAAC